AUGUGGCCUCCUUUUAUCCGGUUGGGUUCUUGCUGUAAUUUGGUAAAAAGUACCAGGAAUCUCCGUUGGAAAUCUGUUAGAUUGCUUGCCUAUACAACAUGCUCCGACUAUUCAGGCUCAUCUUCGGAUACCAAUGUGUUAUGUCAUCCGUAUGAAAAACUCGGUAAGUUUAAGGUAGCUGCAACCCUAGACCAAUCGAAGAGAGAACGGAACAGUGCGUUGUUAUUUGCCCGUCAAUUGAAAGUGUUUGGUUUUAAACAUGAUGUUGAAAGUUACAUGGCAAUCAUUCGAUUACUGUGUCAUUCGGGUAUGGGUGUAAGGUUAAAUCAUUUGUUUAUGUAUGUCAUUGAUCAGAACAUAAACAGGGAACGUGUUGCUUUUGAAAUCUCCGAUCUUUUAGAAGCGUUGAUAGAGGAAAAAUUAAUAAAAGCUGUGGAUGUGUUGGUUAAGGUGUAUGCAAGUGUUGGAAGGUUUGAGGAGGCGAUGCACACCUUGUCAGAGAUGAGAAGUAGGGGUGGACUUAUGGUGUCAACAUCAACAUGUAAUUUUGUAUUAAAAGAGUUGAUCGAGUGGGAGAAAGAGCAUAUGGUAGAGUCGGUUUACAGAGAACUGAAGAGGAUUGGGUUGAUUCCGAAUGUGUAUACAUAUGAGAUUCUGAUUAAAGGACGUUUAAGUAUGGGUCGUCUGGAAAAAGCUUGGAAUGUAUUUGCACAAAUGAGAGAGGCUGGAGUCAAACCUAAUGCUUUCAUUAUCGCCUUUCAGACGCUAAAGGCUUUCAGGGACUUGAAUGAGCCAGUUGAUGUUUUUGCAUAUACUUGUGUCAUUCGUGGUUUUGUAAGAGAGGGGAAGAUACAAGAUGCAGAAGAUGUGCUACUUAAUGACAUGAAGAUUAGAGAAGUUGUCCCUGAUGCAGAUUGUUAUGGCGCAUUAAUUCUAGAGUAUUUAAAGAAAGGGGACACUGCUAAGACAUUUGAUCUCUGUGAUGAAAUGAAAUCAAGACUAGGUAUCAAAGCCGAUUAUGUGCUUAUGAGGUGCAUGAUACAAUACUUGUGUGGUGUGGGAAGCCUUGAUGAAGCUCUAUCUUUUUUUAAGGAAUUCAUGCAAAAAUCAUCAAAGGUUUUCAUUGAUGGAGUCACGUUUGAUCUUGCGAUUGAUGCUGCAUGUAAACUAGGAAGAAUGGAAGAUGCGAUGGAGUUGGUAGAAGAAGGGAUGAAAGGUAGGAAAAUGAAGCUUUGGAAAAUGCAUUAUAUGACUUUGAUUGAUGGGUAUUGUCUACGAGGGGAACCUUGGAAUGCAUUAUACAUGUUUCAGGAAAUGAUGCGUAACGGGUUUAGACCAGAUUCCACCACUUGUCAUGUGCUUGCUCGUGGCUUCCAAGGAUGCGGCGUUUCCCUUCCUCUCUACAUGUUAUUCAAGCAUACAUGUUAA